AUGUUCUGCAGUGCGAUUGCUGUAGUAGAUGGCAGCAUAGAACGUGUGGUACCGACGAGUAGUGCGGACCCACCCUCAGUCACUCCGACAUCGACAAAUCCUGUCUCGAACCUUGACUCCACUUACAUCGUCCAACAGAAUGAGCCUCCAGUGUUGGAAGUGUCCAACCUCCCGAUGUCGCCACCACCACGAAGGAGUCUGGACCAGCCUCCCACCCUGGAGUUGUCGGUACUUCCAGCCCCACCUGCAGACUCAACAUACAUUAGGCCGAUGAAUUGGAAUAUCACAAGGUUGGCACCAUAGAUUGAACGGCAAAGCAGGACGGGCCAAUUUGCCGUUCUACAUCCUGGUUCCCCUGCUCCUGAAGGAAGGCUCACUGGUCAGCGUCCAGAUGAGACUGGUGUCCGAGUCAUCACUCCAGAGGCACCAGAGGACGACCUACCGCCGAAUCCAGGGGAAGGUAGCGGAGCUGUGGGACCAAGAUGCCAUCUCCACCUCGGCGUUCCUGAAGAGGGUUGGGCACGUCUAUGCCCCGAGAGCGACGGUUGAGCAGCAGUAGGGUAUCAUAUAAUGUGAACAGUUUUUACAGAUUUGGACAUUUAUGGUUUGAUAAUUAGAAACAUUCAGUUUGGACAAUUUUUAUAGUGAAAUUUCGGUAGUAACUUCGGCAAACUAAAUUCGUGUGGCUCUUACAGAGGGAGCCUCCACGUGG